CAUUAAUCUCUUCGCUUGCCUCCACGUUUCCACAAUCUCCCUUCUAGAGGCCUACAUCUCCUCCUCCUUCUCCUCCUCCUCCUCCUCCUCCUUUUUUGAAAGAUAGCUCAGAGUCUGGGCUGUGGUGCAGUCCUACCCUGGUUCCUAGCAAGACUCAUCCAUGCUUGCUUAGGGAACCUUUUUCUUCUCCUGAUAUUGUACAGCUUUUGUAACAGAACAAUGUAUUUGCUUUGUAGAAUUUGCUAGAGCUUCUCAUUCAGACAAACAGAACUUGGCAGAAGACCAAAGGGUUCCUUCCGAUCUCUCAGAGGCUUCCUGAGAGCACAGAUGGAUGAGCGAGACACAGCUGGCCCUGAAGCAGGAAGAGGCCAUGCCAUCCAAACUGGGAGCAGUGGGGGAUUCUGGGAAAACUCUGGGCAGAAGAUCCUGGUAGAGGAGGACACCCUCCGCUCAGAGGUGCAGAGCCAGCAAUUCAGGCAGUUCUGCUUCCAGGAGGCCAAAGGACCCCGAGAGAUUUGCAGCCGACUCUACCACCUUGACCAUCAGUGGCUGAAGCCAGAAAGGCACACGAAAGCUGAGAUGCUGGACCUGGUGAUCUUGGAGCAGUUCCUGGCUGUCCUUCCACCGGAGAUGGAGAGCUGGGUGAGGGACUGUGGAGCGGAGACCAGUUCCCAGGCGGUGUCGCUGGCCGAAGGUUUCCUCCUGAGUCAGGCAGAGGAGAGAAAGCAGGCAGAGAGAAAGCAGAAAAGGGAUCGUUUUGCAGAAAUGGACCUGGAUUCCUAUGAGGCAGAUGAAAGAAUGAAGCCAACAAGACCUCCAUAUUUAUCUUUUCAUGGGGGCAGAAGGGAAGCAGCGGCUGUUGAACCAGAUCAGGGUCCAGUGUGCUUUGAAGAUGUUGCUGUUCGUUUCACGGAUGAGGAGUGGGCGUUGCUGGAUCCUGACCAGAGAGCUCUGCAUAAGGACGUCAUGGAGGAGAAUCAGGGGAUCGUGGCCUCUCUUGAUUGUGAUGAAUUGGAAAGGAAGAACAAAGAAGAACACAACACAAUCUGCAGAGUGGAGAAGGCACGUAAAAAAUUGGAGUGUGGAAAGAGCUGCAGUCAGAGCUCCCAUUCCACUUCCCAUAAAAGAAAUUUAUUUCGAAAGAAACCCUAUCGGUGCAUGGAAUGUGGAAAGAUAUUCAGUACGAGCUCCUCUCUCACUUCACAUCGAAGAAUUCAUACAGGGGAGAAACCCUAUCAGUGUAUGGAAUGUGGAAAGAGCUUCACUUAUAGCUCCCAUCUCACUUCCCAUCAAAGAACCCAUACAGGAGAGAAACCCUAUCAGUGCGUGGAAUAUGGAAAGAGCUUCGGUCACAGCCACAGCCUCACUUCCCAUCAAAGAAUUCAUACAGGGAAGAAAACAUAUAAUUGCUUUGAAUGUGGAAAGAGCUUUAGUAGCAGCUGUAAUCUCACUUCCCAUCACAGAAUUCAUACAGGAGAGAAACCCUAUCAGUGCAUGGAAUGUGGAAAGAGCUUCAGGAAGAGCUAUGAUCUCACUAGGCAUCAGAGAAUUCAUACAGGGGAGAAACCCUAUCAGUGCAUGGAAUGUGGAAAGAGCUUCAGUCACAGCAGCAGUCUCACUUACCAUCAAAGAAUUCAUACAGGGGAGAAACCCUAUCAGUGCAUGGAAUGUGGAAAGAGCUUCACUGAUAGCUCCCAUCUCAUUUCCCAUUACAGAAUUCAUACAGGGGAGAAACCCUAUCAGUGCGUGGAAUGUGGAGAGAGCUUCACUCACAGCUCCUCUCUCACUUUCCAUCAGAAAAUUCAUACAAGAGAGAAACCCUAUCAGUGCGUGGAAUGUGGAAAGAGUUUCAGUAUGAGCUCCGAUCUCACUAAACAUCAAAGAAUUCAUACAGGGGAGAAACCCUAUCAGUGUGUGGAAUGUGGAAAGAGUUUCAGUAUGAGCUCCGAUCUCACUAGGCAUCAGAGAAUUCAUACAGGGGAGAAACCCUAUCAGUGCAUGGAAUGUGGAAAGAGCUUCAGUCACAGCAGCAGUCUCACUUACCAUCGAAGAAUUCAUACAGGGGAGAAACCCUAUCAGUGCAUGGAAUGUGGAAAGAGCUUCACUGAUAGCUCCCAUCUCAUUUCCCAUUACAGAAUUCAUACAGGGGAUGAACCCUAUCAGUGCGUGGAAUGUGGAGAGAGCUUCACUCACAGCUCCUCUCUCACUUUCCAUCAGAAAAUUCAUACAAGAGAGAAACCCUAUCAGUGCGUGGAAUGUGGAAAGAGCUUCACUGAUAGCUCCAAACUCACUUCCCAUCAAAGAAUUCAUUCAGGGGAGAAACCCUAUCAGUGUGUGGAAUGUGGAAAGAGUUUCAGUAUGAGCUCCGAUCUCACUAAACAUCAAAGAAUUCAUACAGGGGAGAAACCCUAUCAGUGCAUGGAAUGUGGAAAGAGCUUCAGUCACAGCAGCAGUCUCACUUACCAUAGAAGAAUUCAUACAGGGGAGAAACCCUAUCAGUGCAUGGAAUGUGGAAAGAGCUUCACUGAUAGCUCCCAUCUCAUUUCCCAUUACAGAAUUCAUACAGGGGAGAAACCCUAUCAGUGUGUGGAAUGUGGAAAGAGCUUCACUCAGAGCUCCUCUCUCACUUUCCAUCAAAGAAUUCAUACAGGAGAGAAACCCUAUCAGUGUGUGGAAUGUGGAAAGAGUUACAUCCAGAGAGUUCAUCUGAAUACCCAUCAAAGAAUUUAUAGAGGCGAGAAACAACAUAAAUGCUUUGAAUUUGGAAAGAGCUUCAGGAAGAAGGAGGCCAGCCAAUCAGAUCAAGCCAAGCUUUAUGAGGAGCUGGGUAUGUUGAGUUGCAGAGGAGGGGACGGAGAGGAGAUAGGAGAGCCAUGUCACCUGGGGGUAGGAUUCCAACCAAUGUCUUCAAGCUACAAGAAAGGAGAUUCGGACUCAACACUCCUAGUCAUUUUUCACUAG